AUGCAAAAAUCUCAAAUAAAUCAAAGUCAAUACAUCAAUACUCAGCAGAUUCCACAGAAAAACCAAGUGCCUGCAGAUGCUGUUAAUAUGGAACUCAGAAGGAGACUAUGGGAUGGCUAGCUGCCUAUAAAAGUUGACUUGGCUUUGAAUGACACCAUAUCUAUUGAGAAGCCAAGAAGUUUAUAUAUAAUGGCCCCAAGAGAGAACUACUUCUUCUACAUUUUAAAUGAAGUCAAAUCCUUAUUUGAUCCCUAUGUAUCAAGUGAUAGAAAAGACUCUUAUGACAAUAUGUGGUUUGAUUUCAAUAAUACUCCUCUCAAAUGGAAUGUCCCCAUUGGUGUACAGUUCGAUACUAUAGUAGGCAUCAAGAAUAAACAGAAGGAUCUGCCCUGGUGCUUAACAUUUCACUACAAAGACUUCCCAGAGGAGAUUAAUAUACAUCUAUAGGGUUUGAACUUCUUAAAGUAUCAUUACAUCAACUCUCUCAAAGAGUCACAUAACUUGCGCAUGGGUUAAGGAUCAGAAAUCCUCAACAUUCAGAGAAAGGAUGAGGAGAGAAUGAUUCAAGGUAUAACAUAGCACAACUUUGAAAACUUCUGGGAGGUCAAUUAGCCUUUAUGCGACAAGAACGUUGCUGAACUUAAGAAAUAUGCGAUCAGAGUAUUUUGCAACAAGCAUCAUACAUAUCUACAGCCCAAUAUAGAAGUUAACUCAACGGUGGAUCCUGACAAAAAUCCUUUAACUGUUACUCUGGGAGAUGUUCUGGCUGAGACGUUUCCAAAACUAUUUGAGCCUCAGUUGAAUGACAAGGGAGACAUUGAAAUUGUCAAGAAGAGGGAAUUCGAUGUGAUUGUCUAAGGAGUUGAAGCUGAGUUCAGCACACCUAUGUAUUGGUUGAGUUUAAACCUAGCGUAUCUUGAUAACUUCAUCUAUAUCUCAUUCCACAUGAGCUGA